AUGUCCAUGGCUCGCCUGCAUCGUCCUCAUCCCUCCUCACUUCAUCUCUGUCGCAGCUCCUUGUUCAUCACUAUCUUCCUCCUCUUGUUUCCAUCCACAACAAAAACAACAGGUGGUGUCAUUAUGGUGACCGCUGCCGGUGAUCUAAACUCGGACAGGCAAGCCCUGCUUGACUUUGCUGCAACUGUACCCCACCCACUUCCCAAGAAACUCAACUGGAACACCAAUACUUCCCUCUGCACCACCUGGGCUGGUGUCACCUGCUCUAGUACUAAUAAUGCCACCCGUGUGGUCGCGCUUCGCCUUCCUGCGGCUGGGUUUUACGGUUCCAUCCCUGCUAACACCUUAGGCCGACUUGAUGCACUCUCUUCCCUCAGUCUCAGAUCUAACCGCCUCAAUGGGACACUUCCCCCGGAUAUCCUCUCUCUUCCUUCCAUUCGCUAUCUCUACUUCCAGAACAACAAUUUCUCUGGGGACCUUCCGUCCAAUCUUUCUUCACAGCUCAACUUUCUCGAUUUAUCAUUCAAUUCCUUCACAGGAAACAUCCCUGAUACCAUCAACAACUUGACUCAUUUAGUUGGAUUGAACCUGCAAAACAACUCCUUCACGGGCCCUGUACCUGACCUCCUCGCCCUUUCAUACCUUCAGCAGUUAAACCUCAGUAAUAACAACUUGAAUGGGUCAAUCCCACACUCUCUCCAGCACUUCCCAGCUUCCUCUUUUCAGGGUAAUUCCUUACUUUGUGGAAGGCCUCUUCGUCAAUGUCCUUCCCCCAUCUCUCCUGCUCCAGCUCCGGCUCCAACUCCAGCCUCUGCUCUCCCUUUCUUCAAGCAAUCUCCUCCUCCAUCUCCAGCAACCCUGCAGCUGCCAUCCCCGUCACCACCAACAGCUUCUUUCAUUCACAAGGGAAUUUCCAAAUCAAAAAAGCUAAGCACCGGUUCCACUGCUGCCAUUGCUGCCGCGUCUUGUACAAUGCUGUUUCUACUGUUCCUAUUAUGUUGGAUGCUGUGCCGCACCAAGAAAAGGGGUAGGGAUGGGAAGGGCAAGGAGUUCCGCAGCAACGGGGCACUGAAAGAUGAAAACAACGACUUGGUUUUCUUGCAAGCAGACUCAACCCUUCAGAAUUGUGAUCUUGAUUAUCUGUUAAGAGCCUCUGCCCAGGUGCUUGGAAAAGGGACCUAUGGGACAACAUACAAGGCCAUUUUACAGGACGGAACCACACUAGCCGUAAAGCGGCUCAAACAAGUGGUGGCGGGAAAAUUAGUGUUUGAACAACACAUGGAGAAUGUAGGGAGGGUUAACCACCCCAAUGUUGUUCCUCUUCGGGCGUAUCACUAUUCCAAGGACGAAAAACUCCUUGUGUAUGAUUAUGCUCCAUUCGGAAAUUUAUCCACUUUAUUACAUGGUCAGCCUGAAUUUACCCCUUUUGUGCUGGUUGCAGGAAGGGAGUUCGGAAGGACUCUGGACUGGGAAUCUAGAUUAAAGAUUUGCCUUGGAGCUGCAAGGGGUAUAGCGCACAUACAUCUUUUUGCUGGUGGCAGGCUAAUUCAUGGAAAUAUCAAAUCCUCAAAUAUACUAGUCAACCACAAUCUCAUAGGCUGCCUCUCAGAUUUCGGCAUAACUACCCUUGUAGGCUUAUACACGAUGCCUUCCAGAAGAACCGGGUACCAAGCUCCCGAAGUAAGCGAACUUGGAAAGUACACUCAAAAAUCUGAUGUUUACAGCUUUGGAAUCGUCCUACUUGAAAUGCUCACUGGAAAACCACCAAUUCAAUAUGCAGAAGUGCUUGUGGUAGAUCUCCCGAGAUGGGUUCAAUCCAUUCUUAGAGAAGAAUCGACUGCAGCAGUUUUUGACAGCAACCUGAUGAAGCAUCCUCAUCAUCAAAAUACUGAAGAAGAAAUGGAAAAGAUGCUGCACAUCGCCUUAGCUUGUGUGGCAAGGUUGCCAGAGACAAGGCCAAAGAUGGCCCAGGUCCUUAAGAUGAUUCAAGAAAUGCUGCAACCUGAUGUCAUUGAGAAUUAA